AGAGAGAGAGAGAGAGAGAGAGAGAGCGUUAAUGGCAUUUAUUCGCCCUAUUCCCCUCCUUAUUCUCCUCUUAUUCCUCCGCUUAUUCACCUACCCUUCUCUCGCCCUAAUCUACGUCUCCACCCCCAACUCCACCUUCCUCCCCCUCUCCCCCUCCUCCUCCUCCGCCUCCGAUGACUCCUCCGCUUCGUUGUUGCUCCGUGAGAUCGUCGACGCGAUCGCGGCGAAGGAGCGGUGGGACGCGAAAGACGGGGUUAGGGUUGCGGAUCUCGACCGCGGCGGGGUCAGGGUGCGGAGCGCGCGGAGGUACGAGGUGCGGGGGAGGGCGGGGAGGACGACGGUGGCGGCGACGUUCUCCGACGAGGCGGCGGGGUGGAGAAGGGCUCGGGAAGGGGGCGACGGCGUUGUGGUGGUGGAGGAGGGGGAGGAUUUGGUCGGAGGGGACGGCGCGGUGGGGUUGGGUUUGGGAGCGGCGAUUAGGGAUUUCGAACUGGUGGGGCCGUUCGAUUUGAGGGUCGGUGGAGGAGAUCAUGAUGAGAUCGCGCUUCAUUAUCCCCUGCUGAAUACCACCAAUGUAGGUUUGAAGCGUUUACUCGUCGGUGAAGGCAUCAAAAUAAAGGUUGCAGGUGCCCAACAAGUCUCGUUCUCUCACCCUUACGAUAUUGGUCUAUCAAUGAAUGGCAUCUUGGCUCCUCAUGAUGUAGGUCAUUGCCAUAUUUGGCCCCUCAGUUAUCCCGCAUGCGCCCUAUUACUGUCCAUAGAUAUUGUAGGAUCAAUUAGGGUUUUUGUACAAAGCACCCAUACCUCUCGAUACAAGUCGAGUGACACCAUUGAGUUAUUACCUAAGAAAUGUUACAAUAAAAGACCAAGCAGUGAGAUUUCUUCAUGCUUGUUCUGCUCAGCUAGUUCCAGAUUGAGUUUGUUUGGCAGCGUCUUGAUAAAGGUGCUAAGAAAAAGAACUUUUGAGAAUAAUAAACCGAUUCGGUUCCUAAAAGCUAAAGUAACGGCUGCCGCUGAAGUUAAAUUCCGUAUAGAGCUGGAGAAAAGGCUUACAGAGAAUGAUAGGGCUUGGAAGAAGAUCCCGGCGUGGAAAACAAAACCUAGGGUUGACCGCGUGUGGCUUGAGGUGGUGGCUAGAGUUGAAGAAGGGGGGCGGUUGAAGGCUGUGCUACUAAAGAAGCUCGGCAGAAGCUUCUCUAUAGAUGAUUCUGUUGCCUGGAGCAACAUGAUGUCUAAUGUUUCUUUCACGCAGUUCCCGUCUUUCGUCGUACAUCCAAAAGCAUUGACACUGGACGUGAAAUGGUAACUAUAUAAUCAUAUAUUUAUCUUGUAUUUUAAAGGUAAGUUUACAUGCAUAUAUUAAUCUCUUUUUUUGGCUGUAUCGGUAACUUUUGAGGUUUGUUGCUUUUCUAAAGGCUCUCUUGUCUAGAUGAAAGUAUUUUAGCCAAUGCUUGGAGGUUUGUAAAUUUGCCUUGUAUAUCAAGGUAGGACUUAUUGGAGCUCUUCUUUUAAUCUUUUCGAAUUUUAUGUGAAUUGAUAUCAUUAUUUCUCUCU